AUUUUGCAGUUGUAUGAUCUAAUAUACAUCAUAUUAUCACAGUAUCAUGUCAACUUUGCAGACUAAAUUUACAUUGGAUGACUUGCAAGAGAGGCAGUUAGCUACAUACUUGAAAAGCUUUCCCCCUUCAUCAGAUGCAACUUUUGUUGUUUUUGACCAUGAAGAUUUUUAUACCGCACAUGAUAGCAAUGCUGUGUUUGCUGCAAAAGAAAUAUUUAAGAGCACUGCCAUACUGAAAUAUAUAGGAAAAGGUGAAAAGAAGGUUUCAACAGUUUAUCUCAGCCAAUUAAACCUUGAAUCAUUAGUGAGAGAUUUACUGUUGGUUCGGCAUUAUAGAAUUGAGAUUUAUCGAAACAAAACUAAAACUGGAUCAAAGUGGGAACUUUCGUGCAAAGCAUCACCAGGCAAUCUGACACAAAUUGAAGAUUUACUGUUCAAAAAUAAUGAACUUAAAGCUACAAGUUCUGGUGUGAUUGCAGUCAAACAAUUUCAAUCAAACUCAGGUGGCAGAAAUGUUGGAAUUGGGUUCAUUGACACAAUCACUAGAGAAAUUCAGGUCGCAGAAUUUGAAGACAAUGAAGUUUUUUCUAACCUUGAGUCAACAAUUAUUCAGUUAGGUGCCAGGGAGUGUUUAUUGCAAAAGCUGGAUCAAACUUCAGAAUGUACAAAACUUGCGGAAGUUGUGAAAAGAAGUGGAGUUUUAAUGUCAGAAAGACCAAAAAAAGAGUUUCAAUCUAAAGAUCUAGUUCAAGAUUUGGGGAGGAUUUUAAAAAAGAACAAGAAAACUGGAGAAACACUGAAUGCCACGGUAGCCAGAGAAAUAUCUGAGAAAGAUGGUGCUGCUUGUGCUCUUGCUUCGUGCAUCAAUUAUCUGGAACUUCUGAACAAUGAAGAUAACUUUGACCAAUACAUAUUUAAAACUUAUGAUUUAUCACAGUACAUGAGGUUGGAUAGAUCAGCAUAUUCAGCUCUCAAUUUAUUUUCCAAUGAAAGUUCUUCGUACUCGGUUGGGGGAAUGAAAAAAUCUGCUGAUUCAUUAUAUAAUCUACUUGAUCAGUGCAAGACUCAACAGGGCAAAAGACUGUUAAGCCAAUGGAUCAAACAACCGUUACUUGAUAUGAAUCAUGUGAAAGAAAGAUUGAAUUUAGUAGAAGCUUUUGUUCGUGACACAACAUUGCGUUUAACAAUUUAUGGGGAAUAUCUAAGAAGUUUUCCAGAUCUUUGCAGAAUGUCUAAAAAGUUCCACAGAAAGAAUGCAUCACUUCAGGAUUGCUAUAAAGUUUAUCAGGGUCUCAAAUCAAUUCCUAUGUUGUGUGAAUGUCUAGCACGCAAUGAAGAUCAACACGCAAGCUUACUAAAGGAAUUUUUUACAACACCUUUGCAUGAACUGUCAUUGGAUUUUGCAAAAUUUACUGAAAUGGUAGAAACAACUUUGGAUUUCAAAAUGAUUGAGCAACAUCAGUUUCGGGUGAAAGCAGAUUUUGAUCCAGAAUUGCUGGAACUGCAGGAGAAAAUGGAUCGAAACAAGUUGAAGAUGGACAAAUGUUUCAAUGAAGCUGCACAAGAUUUACAACUGGAAAAAGGAAAAGGCAUUAAAUUGGAAUCCAGUUCUCAGCUGGGUUAUUUCUUCCGGGUCACAUGUAAGGAAGAAAAAAAAUUGAGAAAUAAGAAGAGUUAUUAUACUAUUGACACAAACAAAGCAGGUGUCAGGUUUGUUACAGAUAAGAUGAGUCAAUUGAGUGAAAUAUAUCAAGAAUGUCAGAAGUUAUAUGAACAACAACAACUUGCUAUUGUCAAUGAAAUCGUAAGAAUUGCUGCUGGUUAUUCAGAACCUAUGCUUCUUCUUGGCGACCUCAUAGCAAAACUGGAUGUUUUGAUAAGCUUCGCUCAGGUUUCAGUGAAUGCUCCAUGUCCUUUUGUUAAACCAGAAGUGUAUUCACCAGAUGAAAACAAAGGAAUAGUAUUGAAAGAAUGCAGACAUCCAUGCUUGGAAAGACAAGAUGAUGUCGAUUUUAUACCAAAUGAUAUUGAAUUCAAUCGAGAAAGCUAUUCAUUUUUGAUCAUAACCGGUCCUAACAUGGGAGGCAAAUCUACAUACAUAAGGCAAGCUGGAAUGGUAGUUCUUAUGGCUCAGAUUGGUUGUUUUACACCAUGCAGCGAAGCACAUGUUACAUUAGUAGAUGCAAUUCUAGCCAGAGUAGGAGCUGGAGAUUGUCAAGUGCGAGGUGUAUCAACGUUCAUGGCCGAGAUGUUAGAGACUUCAUCCAUACUCAGAUCUGCUACUCAGAAUUCACUCGUAAUAAUCGAUGAAUUAGGUCGUGGAACUUCUACUUACGAUGGCUUUGGUUUGGCUUGGGCAAUUUCACAUCACAUAGCAACCAAGAUUGGUUCAUAUUGUAUGUUUGCCACACACUUUCACGAACUAACUGCAUUAGCUGAUGAAGUAUCUUCUGUAGCAAAUCUUCAUGUUACUGCUUUAACAGGAGAAGUUCAAAAUGAUGCACCAACUCUCACAAUGUUGUACCAAGUAAAACGAGGUGUGUGUGAUCAAAGUUUUGGAAUACAUGUGGCAGAAUGUGUGGAUUUUCCCAAACAUGUUAUUGAAUCUGCUAAAAGGAAAGCUGCGGAAUUGGAAGAUUACAAUGUGAUUUUACCUCAUGAUGAUAUGAUGGAGAAUGAUCCUGACACUGCCAGGAAGAAGAGAAAAAUUAAACAGGAGGGUGAGGAGAUAAUCAUAAAGUUUUUGCAAGCGGCAAAAGAAGUUGACUGGAAGUCGAUGUCCAGCAGUGAAAUUGGUGUCAAACUUGAAGAACUGAAGAAAUCAAUGAUUCCAUCAGACAAUCAAUAUAUUUCCACAAUUCUUAAGAACGUGUCUGAUGUCUCAUAACUAACAAAGACCUAAUACGACCACAAACUUUGUCACAACUUUGUUUUUUUCAGAACAAACAAAAUGAUUUUCAAACUUUUUUAUAGGGUUGAUCAUCACCUCUUAAUCGAAUUAACAAAAGCUCAAUUACCCCUUUCGUAAUGAUAAAUUUCCAGUGCGCGAUUUAUCAAAUUUAAUACCAAGAAUAGAGGAAUCCAUAAACGCAAGUACAACGUCUUGAUCUCAUUGGCAAUUGUGAUAAUAAGCAUCUUUCAGCAUUUUGUUUUAAUGGUUGUUCUUUUAGAGAAUCCUACUUCACGGCAAUGAGUUGAAGAAUAUUGUAGCAGAAUUGUUAUGCCUUGCGGGAAAAGUUCGAAUAUUCGAAGGCCAUCCCAGGAGUUCCCAAUAUCUGUUUUCGCAGAUUCUAUUUUAAAACUUUAUCGCAAUCUAUAAAAAAUUCCACUUUCGUAGCAAUUUCCCUUCACUAAUAAGGUUUCCUUAGAACAAAAAUGCUAGAUUCGAACGCAGCACGUACAUGUUUUCCGUUGACGAGCGAAAGGGACUGGGAUUGAAAGAGAAACUGUUAAGACCAUGGACGUUGAGUUAAUAUCUAAAAUUGUCUAAUUGCCCCCCAGCUUGGAAACCGCUUAGCUAAAAAAUAAAGGCAAUCGAAGGUUUCUCGUUGAUGUAUAUCCAUCUAUUGCUGUAUUUUUCUUCAUUCCAACUUUCUUUUUGUACCUCUCUGUUUUUCAACAUGUUUCAUUACUAGUAACAUCUGUGAAUUUAUUUUUUGUUGUGCUCUGUUGUCGAACGAUCAAUUUACAAGUCCGAACUUCAAGACACCAUCCUG